GUGGACUUCUUGGUACCCACAGAUGGCCCACUCCAGCCUCCACCCAUCCAUCCCGCAGCCCAGGGGUCACGGGGCCCAGAAGGCAGCCUUGGUCCUGCUGGGUGCCUGCUUGGUGGCCCUUUGGGGAGUGGGGGAGCCACCAGACCACACGCUCCGAUGGCUGGUGCUCCACCUAGCCUCCCUGCAGUUGGGACUGCUAUUGAAGGGGGCCUGCAGUCUGGCCGAGGAGCUGUGCCACAUCGAUUCCAGGUACCAGGGCAGCUACUGGAGGGCUGUGCGGGCCUGCCUGGGCUGCCCCAUCCGCUGUGGGGCCCUGCUGCUACUGUCCUGCUAUUUCUACUGCUUCCUCCCAAAAACGAAUGGCCUGCCCUUCACUUGGAUCCUUGCCCUCCUGGGCCUCUCACAGGCACUGAACAUCCUCCUGGGCCUCCAGGGCCUGGCCCCAGCUGAGUUCUCUGCAGUCUGUGAAAAAAGGAACUUCAAUGUCGCCCAUGGGCUGGCAUGGUCUUAUUAUAUUGGGUACCUGCGGCUGAUCCUACCAGGGCUCCGGGCCCGGAUCCGAAUUUACAAUGAGCUCCACAACAACGUACUAUGCAGUGCAGGGAGCCAUCGGCUGCACAUCCUCUUCCCAUUGGAUUGUGGGGUGCCUGAUGACCUGAGUGUGGUUGACCCCAACAUUUGCUUCCUGCAUGAGCUGCCCCAGCAAAGCGCUGACCGUGCUGGCAUCAAAGGUCGAGUUUAUACCAAUAGCGUCUAUCAGCUUCUGGAGAACGGGCAGCCGGCAGGCUUCUGUGUCCUGGAGUAUGCCACCCCCUUGCAGACCCUGUUUGCCAUGUCACAGGAUGGCCGAGCUGGCUUUAGCAGAGAGGAUCGGAUUGAGCAGGCCAAACUCUUCUGCCAGACACUUGGAGACAUCCUGGCAGAUGCCCCUGAGUCUCAGAACAACUGUCGCCUCAUUGUCUACCAGGAAUCUGCAGAGGGAAGCAGCUUCUCCCUGUCACAGGAGAUUCUCCGGCACCUGCGGCAGGAGGAAAGGGAAGUUACUGUGGGCAGUACGGGGACCUUGGUGGUGCCCAGUUCCUCCAUGCUGUCCCGAGACCCCGAGCUCCUCAUCAGUGGCACAGAACAGCCUCUCCCACUCCGCUCGGAUAUCUUCUGAGGCCCACGGCCACCUUGCCUGAGCCCCCAGCCAUCCCCAAGACUCCAGAUUGAGGGCUUUCUUCAACAGCUGGAUUCCCAGCAGAGCCAUUUUGUCUCACAGGAGACCUCUCAGAGAAGGUCCCUGGACUUAACAUCUCAAGAUGAGUCCCAUAACUUUGGGCAAGUUGUUUCACCUCUCUGAGCCUCAGUGUCCUCAUCUAUGAAAUGGGAUUAUAAUCAUUGCCCUACCUACCUUGCAGGGUUGUUGUGAGAACUAUGACUAUAUGGAAGUUCUUUGUAAACUCUAAAUGCCAAGUAAACUUAAGGGAUGUGC